AUGAAGCAAGAAUCCUUCCCGGCCAUUGAUGAUUCUCCCGUCUCUUCGCCAGUGCGCGAAGCCAAAGAACCCAGCCGUUAUGCGGCUCUUCACAACUGGUUCGGCUUCCAGCGCGCCUACAACUUCCCACUCUUCAUCGUCUUCGCCGGAGCCAUGUUCGGCUUCAGCCUGUCCCGCCUGCAGUUCUACAGCUUCGACGGCAUCUUCGCCGCCAACACGGUCCCCGGCGGUAUGGCCGCCUACCACGCGGGCAAGUACCGCAUCGGGCUGAUCCUGCACCUCGCGGCGUGUCUCCCGUCCGGCCUGCUGCUCGUCCUGCAAUUCGUCCCCGCCGUCCGCCACCGCUGGCUCACCUUCCACCGCAUUAACGGAUACGUCGUGUUCCUCCUCGUCCUCGUCUCCAACGCCGGCGCCUGCAUCGUCCUCGGCCGCCGCGAAAGCGGCACCCGCGUCGACGCGCAGUCGGCUGAGGCCGCCAUGGUGCUCAUGACGAGCGUGAGCAUGGCCGCUGCGUACUGGAACGUCAAGCGGCUGCAGAUCGACCAGCACCGCGCGUGGAUGCUGCGCACCAUGUUCUACUACGGCGUCAUCAUCACCGAUCGCGUCAUCGCCCAGAUUGCCGCCAUCAUUAUCUCGGCGUACGGCGGCUACUACACCGUGUGGUCGUGCCGGAAGAUGGAGUACACGUACGCCCAGUUUGGCAUGCAGACGCUGGCCCAGGACUACCCCGGCUGCUUUUCCGGGAACGGCACCAUGCUGGACCCCAGGGCGCAUGUCGUCGUCGAGGCCAUCCAUGAUGCGAGUCGCCCGCCGAACCUUGGUGCUUCGAUCACCAUCCCGUUCGGCACAAGUCUCUGGAUGGCGCUCGUGCUCCACAUCAUCGGCGUCGAGAUGUAUCUCAGUCUUACGCCGCGAGAAUCGGCGCGGCUGAGACAGGUCAGCUACGAAAAGCAGUGUGAAGCUGGAUUCAGGAACCCGGGUUACGGUGGGUGGACUGUCGAUCGCUGGGGAGACGCGGAGAAAUGGCGGCCGAGCCAGAAGUAG